UCGCCCCUCCCUCCCCCACCGCCCGGCGUGACUCUCCCAGCGGCCUGAGAUCUCCUCCCGAUCCCUUCGAGGGACCAGGAAGGGGAAUGUGAGACUCCGCUUGGUAUCCCUCCGCCGGGGUCACCCCCUCCCCUCGGUGGCAGCAGGAACUAAUUCCCCUUCGGGUCACCGGGGACCUGAGGGGAGAAAUUUCACGGAUCAAUGUUCCCUCUGACUCCUGGGAGAGGGGGUGAUAACCCGAAGAUAGAAACCCCCGCGCUAGCUCAAAAGCAGGGUUCGAUUUAAAGUAGGGCUUUGGCCCCAUGACCCCAGUCAAGCCCCGCCCCUUCCUGGUUGUCUUAGCGACGGCGGUGGCGUCCCAAGAUGGCGUCGUGGCUGCCGGAGACUCUGUUCGAAAUUGUAGGACAAGGCCCAGCGCCGAGCAAAGACUAUUACCAGUUAUUGGUCACCCGGUCCCAGGUAAUUUUUAGAUGGUGGAAGAUCUCUCUGAGGAGUGAGCAUCGAUCAACAAAGCCUGGAGAAGCAAAAGACACUCACAAAGAGUUCGUAGAAAACUCACAUCUUCAAGUUCAAAUUGCCUUAAUAUUUGGUGCAAGAAUAUUAGACUAUGUCUUCAGUUUAUGUGAAGGUAAAUUUGACUUCCUUGAACGGCUCCCAGACAAUUUGCUCCUGAGUAUCAUUUCUUAUCUGGAUCUUGAAGAUAUUGCCAAGCUUUCCCAAACAUCACACAGAUUUGCAAAGCUGUGCAUGUCUGACGAGCUGUGGGAGCAGAUAGUGCGGUCUUGCUGCGACACCAUCACCCCUGACAUGAGGGCCGUGGCCGAGGACAUGGGCUGGAGACAGAUGUUCUUCACUAACAAGCUGCAGCUCCAGCGGCAGAUCCGCAAGAGGAAGCAGAGAAAAGGAAGCCAGAGAAAGGGUCACCCUUAGGGACACAUUUUCCCACCUGCAGGAGGGCCGAGAGAUGGCUGCCUUGUUCUUCUGUGUCCCAAUCUCUUCCGUUUCCUUCAAUUGAGAACUAAGAUUUUUAUUGUUUUGAACUCACUGAUUCAAGGACCCACCGGAAAAGCAUACGGUGUUUGCACACGGAUGCACCAAAACCCGACGAGGCAGUGCCUUGCUUGAACCACAGUCCCCUGCAGGGAGGGUCAGGUUCGUGGCCCCUGCAAGGGGCUGCAAUGACAGGAAGCCCCUGACACCAGUAAGAAAAGAGGCUUCUGCGGUUCAGAAACAAACAAUAAAUGAUUAUUAGUAGGUUUUUA